AUGGAACUCACUGAUUCUCAGGAAGCUGUUGCCCAGCUGACUGUGCCCGGGCCAACUCUGGCUUUCCAAAAUAUCAGUUACUUUGUCCACAUCACCACCAGGUCCUUUUUCUCAAAAGAAGCAGAAGAAAAGGAAAUUCUCAGAAAUGUCAGUGGCAUUAUGAAGCCUGGAAUGAAUGCCAUUUUAGGACCCACUGGAAGUGGCAAAACCUCACUCCUUGAUGUACUUGCAGGAUGGAAAGACCCCAAGGGUCUUAGAAAUGGACAAAUCUUCAUGGAUGGGAAAGCAGUAAACUCAAAAUUGCACCUAUGCUCUGCCUACAUCGUGCAGGAGGAUAUUCUGAUGGGAACACUCACUGUCCGUGAGAACCUCCAGUUCUCUGCCAGCCUGCGCCUCCCACAGAGUCGGAACAAUGAAGCAGAAAAGCAGCUGAAGGUCAAUGCCGUGAUACAGGAGCUGGGGCUGCAGGAAUGUGCUGACACCAAGAUUGGCACUGAGUUCCUGCGUGGCGUUUCCGGAGGGGAGAAGAAGCGGUGCAGCAUUGGCAUGGAGCUCAUCACUGCACCUUCACUGAUAUUCCUGGAUGAGCCAACCACGGGACUGGAUGCCAACACAGCUAAUGCCAUCAUGCAGCUGCUGCACCAACUCUCCAGAAAAGGAAAAACUGUGAUUUUUUCUAUCCACCAGCCACGUUAUUCCAUCUUCCGUCUGUUUGAUCAUCUAAUGCUGAUGAAUAAAGGAGAAAUCAUUUAUGCAGGACCAGCUGAAGAGUCCACUGGUUAUUUCAACAGCAUUGGAUACCAAUGUGAAGCAUUUAACAACCCUUUGGACUUCUUCCUGGAUGUCAUCAGUGGUGAGAUCAUGCAGUCCCGGCCUAGUCCAGAGUUAGGUGAGUGCUGUGCAAUUACAUUGGCUGAGAAAGAGAGAGGUGAUGGUAGAAUAGCAGACAGGACAAUUGACAAGAAUCCACUGCCCAUGUACUACCACAAGUCCCGCUACUAUGAGCAGCUUCAGCAAGAGCUGGAAAACCUACAGCCAUUCGAGAGCCACCUCCGGGAUACUGGUGCAACAAAAGCCACCUACGCCACCUCAUUCUUCCACCAGCUGUACACUGUGAGCAAUCGCAAUGUGAAGAACAUCCUGAGGAAUCCUCAGACAUCCAUUGGCCAGCUGCUAUUGGGCACUUUCUUCUCUGUGUUGGUGGGGCUCAUUUUCUACCAAGUACCAGCCACUCUGCCUGAAGCCUUUCAGAACAGGUUGGGAGCUUUCUUCUUCCUGGUCAUCAAUCAGGUCUUUGGGAAUCUGUCUGCAGUAGAGCUCUUCAUCAAUGAGAGAAGGCUCUUCAUUCACGAGAGCUCAAGGGGAUACUAUAGGACCUCAGCUUAUUUUCUGGCCAAGGUGUUUGCUGAUCUGAUUCCCAAUCGUAUCAUACCCUUGUUGAUGUUCUCUGCCAUAUCAUACUUCAUGAUGGGUCUGAAACAGGAUGCAGGAGCUUUCUUCCUGUAUGUUCUUUCCCUCAGUCUGACAAAUGUGGCAGCUGUGAGCAUGGCCUUCCUGGUGAGCGCCAGUGUCAGCACAUUCGCCAUCGCUAACGUCUUAAUCGCCUUGCCCUUCGUCUUCAUGAUGGUCUUUGGUGGAUUCCUUGUAAACCUGAACUCCAUGCUGAAUUGGCUGUCCUGGAUCAAGUGGAUCAGCAUCUUCCAUUAUGGAAUGAAUGCCCUGACCAUCAAUGAGCUCAAAGGAGCAGUUUUCCAUUUGAAUUUUUCCACGGUCCCUGGAGAGGUGUACUUGCAGCAGCAAGGCAUCGACUACAGUGCCUGGGGCUUUUGGGAGAACGAGGUUGCUCUCUUGUGCUUGUCACUUGUGUUCCUGUUCUUUGCCUACAUCCAGCUGUUAAGAGUGAAUCGCUGGAAGUAAACUGGGCAAUUUCCAGUUAUCAUCCAUCAGGUUAGCAGCCAUGCAGAGUUCACCUUGGCCCCUCCUAUCGGUAUGUUCUUGAUUUCAGAUGCCUCCUGAUUUGUGCGGUUUUUCUCUUCAAUCACCAGAAGCCUGAAAAUGUAAAAGUAAUUUGACCAAGACUGACAGAGUGUAGUGUCAACAUAUGUGUAAAACAUUCAUUAAAUAUACGUGUUUUACUUUUUAAAUGCAGAAAAUGGUCAGAUACUCUCAUAACUAUCCAUGGCUCAUAAUAAUCAGCUGACCUCACACACACAGUGUGGAGAAUGGAACACAAGAGUUCUUGCUAAAACAUAGGACCCCUUGAAGGAGAAUUGUCUUUAGCUAGCAAUAAUUAUUCUUUCCUUUCCAUUCUUCCUACACAAAUUCUUGGCUAUGCUUUAGUCAGUAUUUGCUAGGUCUACCCCAACUUCUACUUUUCUGGCCAUCCCACAUCUUACCUUAUCACUAUCUAUUCAAAAUAUCCCAAUCACCCUUAUAUCAAUUUACCACUUCGAAAUUCUGUGCUGGCUAUGACUCUGGUAGAUCAGGCAUCUGCACAGUCCCCAAGUUUCAAUUUACUACUGGCAAAUAUGUAUUUAAAAUCAGUGUAUUUCACCCAUUAAAGUAUUUGUAUUGUUGAAAUAGAUAUUAGAAUUGCAACAAUGUGUUUAGACUUUAUAUAGAAUGCUUUUGAGUUGCUGCAUGUAUUACUUUUACUUAAAACAUCUGAAUCCAAUAUUGUAAGGUAAUAUUUGAGCACUUGCACUAUAAACCUCUGUAACUGUAAAUCAUGAGAUAGGAGAGAAAUAUUAAGAAGUGUGAAAUGCUAGUCUCCUACCAAAGGUGUUAUAUCCUGCCCAAGAAGGAAGGUCCAUUAACACCAGACAGAUUAAACAGCAAAUAACUCUGAUGUUCACUCUGCUUUCAACCAGGAAGAUGAGUCCUGCAAGUGAAUUCCUCCAGUAAACUAAAUUUGCAGCUCGAAGCAGAAGGAGAAAUGAGAAUAAAAACCCAUAACAAGGAUUAACUGUAUUUCAUUGUUCCUUGGACAGUAGGGGCAAGGUUUCUAGGCAUAAACAAGGGAUCACCAGCUGCUAAACAUGGGUUAGUCCUAAAGGACAAAUAGAGCUUCUUUAUUACAAAAGUGUCUAUUACUUUUUGAAAUGCAAGAUUGGAACCCAUUUCUCUGUAUAUAUGUUUACCUGUUUUAACCUUGUAAAUAACACUUUGAUUUCAUUUUCCUAUAUAAUAAAUCAGUGUAUAAUUUAUUUUAGGAUUGGCUACAAGCAUUGUCUUUGGUGUGAGAUGUAAGGUGCACAUGACCUGGGAUAAGUGACUGCUCCUUUGGGAUUGCUGAUUCUUGGUAAAAGGGACCAUUUAUCACAAAGACAAGCUUGCUUAGGUGACAAGAUAGGUCAGAAUAGGUCUGUGACUGUUACAGCGCCUGAGAAGUUUACACUUGAUAACUGAUUGGUGAAAUCUAAGUAUGUAAUUCAUAGUUAGUUUGGGGCUUGUGCGCUAGUUCUUAACAAUCUGUCCUGAGGUU